UUAUGGGAUGAGAAAUACGCCGAUUGGGCAUUGGUAGAUGCAGUUAAACGGGGAGGCGGGUUUGUACCUGUGAAGGAGGCAGGCUGGCUGGAGAUAAGAAAGCAGAGUGUAUUUCGUGCGAACGAUACCAGAUCCCUUGAAGAAAAGGUGAAUUCUACGUUGGAGGCGUGUUUCAAGGAAGAAGGCGAAAAAGUCAAAAGCACUUCGUAA